ACCGGUCGCAGAUUCUUACGGUACAGAGACAGACGGUUCCCGAGAUAUCCGAGACUGGGGACGACACUAUAAGCAGCUCCGAUUGCUCACAGUCCAUGAAGAAUUAUUGGACGACGUUGGUACUCACUCCAACGGGCUUCAAGUAUAAUAGAUCAUUCUAUCGCAUGCUUCCAUUCGACGAUGCUUCUCUAGCGGAACUCUAUAUCAUCGUUGAUUGUUUGAUGAUUGUCGAAAGUAGGUGGGAAACCUUGCAGAGGUAUUUCGAUGGGUUGCUGGACGAAGACUUCAUGGAUUCCGAAGCCUAUACACGUUUGAUAUUCGACGACGAUAAGCUUAGUAGAUCAAGGCUUUAUUUCUGGACCAUCAGCUGCCUCAACGAGUUUAUCAUGAGUCUUGACGACACGCAAAAGCAAUGGAAGUUCUUCUGCGAAGCCCGAAUCGACCCCGAUUGGAGCACUGAAGCGGCGUCAAAGGAUAAGGCCCCAGGCUGGGAAGAGAAGUUUGAGAUUGCCCAAAAACUUCUGAAGAAAGGUGAACGUGUUCUACAAGGUUUGGAGGAUAUCCAGGCGGAGUUCCGAGCCAAGAUUGGCGUGGUGCAGACACUUCGUGACGGGGUAAGACGGUCUAUGUCCAUUUCAUUCCCGUCCCUUUGGCUGCCCAUACUGACAGCGUUCUCGCACGUACAGCUCUUCAACGCCAGCGCUCUCAUAGAAAGCCGUUCCUCAACUCGACUAGGCCAGAACGUCCAACUCCUCACCUACAUCAGCAUCUUCUACCUCCCAUUGGGAUUCUGCGCAGCACUCUGGGCCGUACCCAACAUCGAAGACAGCAAGACCCGCAUCCCUUUUGCCAUAACCACCUCUCUCGUCUGCCUCAUCACCUUCGCCGUCGUUUUCAAUCUCAACAACAUCGCCAACGCCCUCGGCAAGACGUACUUCAACAGAAGACAGAGGCUCGUGGACGAGAUGAAGGACGAUCCCAACUCGGAGUGGCACGAACGCCGCCAGUGGUUCGAGGAGUUCCCCCCGAUUAGCGACCGCAAGAGUCACUCGGAGUGAUGGAUUGUGCGGUAUCAGUUCUCGAAGUGGUUCAGAAGGAGGAAGAAUACGGGGGAGGAGAAGAAGAGUGAGGAGGAUCAGCCGUGAGAGGAUACGCGGGGGAUCACGGAGAUGGGGGCAUGGGGUGGAGUGGAGGGGGCUGUUCAAC